CCAGAGGUUGAGCUCCGCGACAUACUAACCCACCCAAACUUUUUAGCCUCCAAUACCCUCCCGACUUACAACAUGGCUGACGCCCCACGUGGAGGAGGAUUCGGUUCCCGCGGUGAUCGCGGUGGUGAGCGUGGACGUGGACGCGGACGUGGCCGUGGCCGCCGCGGCAAGACUGAGGAGAAGGAAUGGCAACCCGUCACCAAGCUCGGCCGUCUCGUAAAGGCUGGCAAGAUCAAGAGCAUGGAGGAGAUCUACCUCCACUCUCUCCCCAUCAAGGAGUACCAGAUCGUCGACUUCUUCCUCCCCAAGCUCAAGGACGAGGUCAUGAAGAUCAAGCCCGUGCAGAAGCAGACCCGCGCUGGUCAGCGUACCCGAUUCAAGGCCAUUGUCGUCAUCGGUGACUCCGAGGGCCACAUUGGUCUUGGAAUCAAGACCUCCAAGGAAGUCGCGACCGCCAUCCGCGCUGCCAUCAUCAUCGCCAAGCUCAGCGUUGUGCCCAUCCGCCGUGGAUACUGGGGUACCAACCUCGGUGAGCCUCACUCGCUCCCCACCAAGGAGUCUGGCAAGUGCGGUUCCGUCACUGUGCGUCUUAUCCCCGCUCCCCGCGGUACCGGCCUUGUCGCCUCCCCCGCUGUCAAGCGUCUCUUGCAACUCGCUGGUGUCGCCGACAUCUACACCGCCUCGUCCGGUUCCACCAAGACCCUCGAGAACACCCUCAAGGCUACCUUCGUCGCCGUCGCAAACACAUACGGUUUCCUCACCCCCAACCUGUGGAAGGAGACGAAGCUCUCCAAGUCGCCGUUGGAGGAGUACAGCGAUGUCUUGCGCGAGGGCAAGCGUUACUAGGGUU